CCUACUUUUGAGAGGCUGCAUUCAAGGCCAACAAUUAAAACCAAGCACUGCUCCCACUACACUUGCAAGGGUAACUUCAUGUAUUUCAUCGGAUAUUCAAAGUGGCUGUUGUUAUGCAGUCGGCUUGUAGCAGGUGUCGGCGCAGGAGCAGGCUCCUCUAUCUUUGGUUUCCUAACACGGACCACGCGGCCGGAGGAGCGCGCUGGUAUCUUUGCAGCCAUCAUGGCCUGCCGGCAAGCUGGCCUCCUUGUUGGGCCGGCGUUCAACCUGUUCCUGCGGCUGUGUGAUUUCAAACUGGGGCCCUUUGUUGUGAACAAAUACACAUCUCCUGGGAUCUUCAUGUGCCUGCUGUGGGUGCUACUCCAGUUUGUCGUCCUGGCGAUCUAUUGGGACGUACCACCUGUCAGCUCAGAGGGAGGUGCAGUGUUGGUGGAGAUGAAACAAGAGGAAGGUGAUGUGGAGGAGGAGGCACCUUUGAUGGGGUCUGAUGAGGAGUCAGCACAGACCUACAGAGCUGUCAACUCUGACGAAUUGGAGACCUCCGCAGCGUCUGAGAAUCAGCCCUUCCAGGGUUCCUCAGCAGGUUCAAACCCCUUCCAGAACUUCAGCGUUAGCAGAGAGUUCCUGAGAGAGGAGGUGGUUGUACUGCUCACGGCUCAGUUCAUCACUCUCUUCAAUCAGACAGCGCUGGAGACGAUGGUGACUCCUCUGACGCAGCGCUACUUCGGCUUUGGCGAGCUGGGCAACAGCCUGAUGUACAGCCUGUGUGGGGUGGAGGUCAUCCUGGGCUUCUUCUUCGUGCGCUGGCUGAGCGGGAAGGUGGCGGACCGCGUCGUGCUGGCCACGGGCCUGGUCAUCUGCUGCACCGCCUGUGUAUGGUGCCUUGUCUUCCUCUGCAACCCCCGAGGUGGUUAUGGAUGGGAGCUUACAGCCUUCAUCAUCGGGGUGUUUCUGCAGCUGCUGGGUCUUCCCUUCGUGGCCGUGUCUCAGGUGUCUCUCUUCUCAAAAGUGACUGCAGAGAAAACACAAGGAUUCAGCCAAGGUGUCAGACGCUCAGUGGGGGGCCUCGCCACCAUCUUGGGUCCUUUGUGGGCGGGAGGAUUGACCAAUAAUUUGUACAUAAUGCUAGGCAUGAUGCUAGCACUCCUCUUAAUGAUAUCAGUUAUGACAGCUCUGUCCUACGAGCAUCUGACUGAACCCAGGGCUGUGCAGAGCGCCCGGAGCUGUGACAGCUGAGGGUAGAGCUGCGUUCUGUCUGAAGAACAGCCGAGGCUAAAGAUGAACAGAGAGGACGGACCUGCACUUCUAACAGAAUCAAUACAAGUUUACAGCACAGGGAAGUGUAUGAAAGUGGAAUUAAAAAAUGAUCAAACACACACUACAUCUCAGAACCUGCCAGAGAGGUGAGCACACUUCACAGGUAAAACACUGUACGUUGUCAGGUUUCAUUAGAAUCCAUAUCACUAUCACACUAUUAAUUAUAAUUCACACAAGGGGGCACCAUUGCUCUCAUAUUGAAUAUUCAGAGGAGUAAUUGAAGAUGAAAGCCAUUAUUUUUAAACAGGUCUAUUUAUAUUCCCAGGUGUUGAUGAAGAGAUGAAAGAGCAGGUUUUUCCAUGUGACCCGUGUAUCAAAUUUUCAUUUCUUGUCCUGAUUCUUUGUUCUUCCACUUCUACAAUAAAAACUAAAUCUGUCGCUGACAAUGAAGCAGUUGACACAAUGAGUGCAGAAGUAGAGUUGUCAACAUCUUAGCAGCUGCGUGUCAGCGUGGCUGACAGAAGACGAGGGUCAAAGAGAGGGGAGCUUAACAGAUUUCAUGAUAUUUAUUUGUAGUGCUGGAGUAAAAACGUGUGCUUUUGCAGUGCUAAAAUUAAACACAAAGUCUUGAAAGCACAUAGAUGAUAUCUGAAAAUAUUCCUCUUUAUCUUAUGUGCAAAUUAGAAGCUCCUGAAUUAAAACCAAAAUGUUAAAAUACUCA